UGGAGAAUGGGACUAAAAAUAAUAAAAAAAACUUUCGAUACUCACUGAUAAAAAAAGCUCGCCGUCGGAGUUUUACGUGGUUCAACGUUUUACCGAUUUGACAGAUUGCAUCGAAGCAAGAUGUCGUCCGCAAGUGGUGAUGAAAGCGAGAUCACUUUAAAUGAACCUGUACGGCGUACGCGAUCAGGUCGUACGCGCAAAACUGCUGUCGUGGCGAAGAAAUCCCCCGUAAAGAAACUUCUGGCAAGGGCAACACGUUCUCCGAAAAAAAUGCAAGAAAUCGAAGAGGUCGAGGAGGAAGAACCUAUAUUGCAAGAGGCAGUAGUUGUGGAAAGCAUUCCAGAGAAUGGUGUACAAAGAUUUGGUGACAUUAUUAUUGAACAGCACGCAGAAGACGAAUCGACUAUGUUGCACUUAGAAUUGGAAGAUUCCGGCGAUACAACCAUUCAUGAAAUCAAUAUGAAUCAAAAUAUACAAAUAGCAGAGGAACAAGAAAAUGUACCUGAUCUAGAUGCAUCUGUGACUCAGAUUGUUCAUUCUGAUGCUGUGCCGGAUCACAUGAUCAUAGAAGAGAGCAGUAUGGACAAAGUUGAUAUUUUAAGCGAACGGGAACAAGUAGAUAUGGAAGGACAAGACAUGAGCAAUGACGAUACGAAUCAACAUGUGCUAAUAGAUUUUCACGAAGUCAUAAACGACGAUGGGGAAACUAUAACACAAGUAACAGAGAUUUUAGAGACGGAGGAGAUUGAAUCUGAAACUGUUAUAAAUGAUGGUACUGGAAUCGAAGUUAUGGAAGUAGAUUGUCAACAAGAACCGCAAGAAGUUACGGAUAGCGUUGCAGGGAAGAUUGCAACCGAUACAGAAAUGACAGAAUUAAUGGAAGUGACAGAGUUGACAAAUACAGAUGUAGAAUGCUCGCCUGAAAAUACUAUGAAAAAAACGGAACCUGACACAGAAGCUGUGUCCGAGGAUGAACUACCUACCGAAGCUGCAGCAAAGGAGCCUGAGACAGAAGCAGUAUCCGACGAAGAAUUACCAGCAGCAGCUCCUGCGGAUUUGGGAGAGACUGAGUCUGUUUCUGAGGACGAAUUACCGCCGGAUAGUGAAAAGAAGAAGAAAAGUGGAACGAAGGCAAUGAGCAAGACUCCGGAAAAAAAGAGCAAAACGGAAGGUGGAAAUAAACGCAAGUUGAAUGCAGAAGGAGAGUACGAUCCCAGUUCGCCAACAUCCGAAAAUAACGAUGAAACGCCGGCGAAAAAAGUGGCGCUCUCGGCCGAAGCGGACACUGGGGACAGUAAGCAAGAGGCUAAACCAGCAUCGCCGAAGAAAAAGACGUUGCCAGAGUUAGAAAAAUAUUGGAAAGCUGUUAAUGAGGAUCCAUCGGAUUUCACAGGAUGGACAUACCUUCUUCAAUAUGUUGAUCAAGAAAAUGACGCAGAGGCUGCUCGCGAAGCUUAUACCAAAUUUUUGGAGCGUUAUCCAUAUUGCUACGGUUACUGGAGAAAGUUUGCUGAUUACGAGAAGAAGAAGGGCAACCCCGAAAAUGUCCAAAGGGUAUUCGACCAAGGUUUGAAAGCUAUUUCGCUCAGUGUGGAUCUUUGGCUACAUUACAUCAACCAUUGCAAAACUGUCUACGAAAAGGAUGAAGAGAAACUACGAGAACAAUACGAAAGAGCUAUUCAAGCAUGUGGUCUUGAAUUUAGAUCUGAUCGUCUUUGGGAAAGUUACAUAAAAUGGGAGUUGGAGGGCAAACGUCUCAGCAAAGUAACGGCUUUGUACGACCGCUUGUUAUGUACGCCUACUCUUGGCUAUAUAUCCCACUUCGAUGCAUUUCAAGAGUUCGUUUCCUCGAACUUACCAAAUCGUAUUUUAAGCGUUGAUGAUUUUCUUGCGUUGCGCGCCGAAGUGAAAGCGCUUUUGAAAUCAGAUGACAAUACGUCUACUUCUGCAGCAGACGAUGCACCGCCCGGAGAAGAACCCCCACCGCACGAACUUCCACCUACCGACGAAGAGACACGUGCUAUCAGAGAAAAGAUUAUUAGCAGCAGGCGUAAAAUGCACAAAGCCAAUAUUAACGCAGUUGCUGCUAGAUGGUCGUACGAAGAAGGUAUUAAAAGGCCAUACUUCCACGUGAAACCUUUGGAACGGUGUCAAUUGAAAAACUGGAAGGAGUACCUAGAUUUUGAAAUUGAACAAAAAGAUCAGAACCGAAUAAUCAUUUUAUUUGAAAGGUGUCUGAUAGCGUGUGCUCUGUACGAUGAAUUUUGGAUGCGAUUUGUUCGUUAUUUGGAAUCCUUGAAGGGCGAUAACGUGGACAAAAUUAGAGAUGUAUAUUCCAGAGCUUGCAUGGUGCAUCAUCCAAAGAAACCAAAUUUGCACCUUCAGUGGGCAACCUUCGAAGAAGGUCAGGACAAUUUCGAGAAAGCGGCAAGCAUACUUGAAAACAUUGAUAACGUACUACCAAAUAUGUUACAAGUGGCAUAUCGACGAAUUAAUUUGGAACGUAGGAGAGGGGACUUGGAUAAAGCGUGUGCAUUAUACGAAAAUUAUAUAAGUAACAGUAAAAAUAGAACUAUCGCAAAUAACAUCGCUGUAAAGUACGCGCGAUUUCUGUGCAAAGUAAAAAAUGACGUGGACAAGGCAAUUAAAGUACUACUGAAGGCUACAGAAAAAGACAAAGAUAAUCCCAGACUUUACCUACAAUUGAUCGACUUGGGGAUGCAAAGGGCCCCCGUUGAUACACAAGAAAUAAUAGGGUACAUGGAUAUGUUCAUAGAACGAGAGCACGCUGAUCUUGAACAGAGAGUACUUUUCGCGCAACGUAAAGUAGAAUUUCUUGAAGAUUUUAGCCCCGAUAUUCGACAAGUAUUGAAAGCGCACGAGCAAUUCCAAAAAUGUAUCAAACAGGCAAAAGAACGGAAGAAGACGAAAAGCGACGACACUAAGACAGAUACUUCUCCUCCAAAGAAAGUGAAAAUUGGUGAUCAAUCGAAUAUACCACCACCGCCUUCUGUCAGCUCCCAGUCAUCAUACCAAUACAGCAGCGGCCCAAGCGGACCUUAUCAAUCACAGCAACAAUUUCAGGGUGGCCAGUACGGCGGCCAAGGCGGUUAUCAACAGGGUUAUCAACAAUAUCCGCCUCCAUCCGAUCCUAAUUACGCAAAUUAUCAAAAUUGGCAAUACGGACAAGGUGGACCGCAAGCGUACGGGCCAUAUAAUCAAUGGGGAUCUUACAAUUACUAUUAGUGGAUAUAUACGAUGGUUUUCCUGUACCAGCUUUCGUUGCGUUACUGUGUCUACUGUACAUUUUAUAAUCUUUAUUCUUCUUUCGUUCGAGGAUGAUUGGCAACAAAAAAAAAAUGAAAUUCUUUACAGUUUUAACGACACAUCAGUGACCUGACACGAAUCCUAAUGCUAUACAUGGUCGGAUAUCUUUCGUUCGACACAACAACCGAUGUUUUUGCAUGCAGCUCUUGUCUUAAUGUAUUUCUAAGUGAUAUAGCCGUACAGGAAAUACUAAUAAAUUUACGACUGUUGACGAAUAUAUUAUUACAAUUGUAACACGAAACACGUAGUUGACAAAAAAUUGCCAUACAGUACGAGAUCGAAGUAUGCUAUGUUCUGCAUUCGCAAGCAUCCCAAUUGACUUUACACGAUAAAACAUAUUCACAAUUUUUUUAAUAUUUUGUUCCAUGACGUCUUGUUUCUUUAACGGGAGAUCAGCAGUUUGUAAAUGUUGCCCUUAACUCGGAAUAACUGUUCUCUUUUCUGCGCGUACUUAGUUUAUGAUAGAGUUUCUAAUAAUGUGCGUCGACGUAUUUGGGUGAAAAACAUUGGAAAAUACACGCAUUCGUACACACAUGAACAGAGGAUGCUUAAAAACAGCGGGACAAGUAGAAAUGCGUAAAGAGAAAUUGGAAAAUCUUUUAUUGUUUUGUAAUCCGAGGUUUCAUUUUCGAAAUAGAAAUAGUUCAAGGUUUUACCUGCAAUAACGCCAUGGACGUGUUUCUCACGUGCUAGUACGUGCUUGUAUCGUCACGCAACUACCUGUCAGAAAUAUAAAUAGCAUGGACCGUCAUGUAUGUGCACACGCAUAAGAACAUGUACCUAUAACGUUCUCAUUAGGAGUGUAUAGGUACAAGUACUCGAGUACUAUGCGUUUCAUAAAUCUCAGGCCAAACAAUACCGAUCAGUCUUGAAGCACUUUGGUUGUCCGAAAUGUAUCCGACACCGCUCGAACACGACAAUGUUUUACAGCUCGAAUCUGGUACCUGCAUACCUUUUACUUUGUGUACAUAAAAGCUUUAACUGGUUAUAUUUUUAAAAAUAAAGUCUCCAAUUGCAAAAUGGCAAAGAACUUUUUCGAUUUCUCUUCGCGCGCAAGAAAUUUGCGUUUCGACGUGUCCCAUGGUUUUAAAACACACCGUACAUACACGCAGAGCGUUUCGAAUAUAUAUCAUUGAGAGAAUAGAUAUUUGGAUGCCACAGAAAUGCUACGUGAGCGUAUUUUGUGGGAUAUUCACGGAAUAAAUAUUGUUAACAUUUGUCGAUACAGUUUUGGUAACGUGCGAAUCGAGAAACGCCGACUACGUUUCUAUAACGUGAAUAGUUAUAGAGAAAGCAUGAUCGUUGGUGCCCUAUUAAAUUCUUAAGUUCACAGAUGCACAUAUUAUUUUCUAUGCUGUAAUUUCACAUUUGUAACCGGGAUCCGAAUUCAGUCAUAAAUCGGUACAGAAGGUCGUGUACAUUGAAGUACAUUAUUCCCAUGUGGACAUUUUUAUAAUUUGCAAUAAAUGACAUUUAUAAAUAUGCAAACAGUUCUGAUGAUGAUAGUGUAUCUCGUUUAUAUUAAUUUAGAAUUUUAAGGUAAUAUAUUUAUGAUUGUCAAAAUAAGAAAAUAUAAUUUUAAAUUACAUUGUGAAUUAAUG